CGACGGCACGGCACGGCACGGCCCCUCCGCUGCCCCGCUCGCCGGAGCUGGUCCCAGCCCCGCGCCGCCGGGGAGAGGGAGGUCUUGGUUAUGGAUACAAGGGCAAGUCCAUUGGAAAAGGCAGUGGCAACAAUGCAAUAGUCACCAGCAAUCCCAUGACAGUUCAACAGCUGGGACCUCUUUCACCUUCAGUGAAUCACCUUUCAACAGCAUGCAGCCAGAUCAGCCCUAGCUUACAAAGGUCUAUGGAUGCUUCUCCAUCAGAUAUAAGGUCACUCGUGUCAUGUGAGACUCUGGUCUCUACAACGUUAAGCUUGUCGGGAGGUCAUUCCCCUGUGAGUGCUGAACAAGAGUGGUCACACAGGUACAGGACACUUUCUUCUGUUCCUCCUGACCAUGGUUUACAAAAUGGCAGUGAACUGGGGAACUUAAUAAAUUUUUCGCCCGAAGCAUCUACAUCCAGUAACUCAUUACUGUCCUACUUAUAUGGCAUGGAAAAUAAGAAUUUCCCUUACUCUAGUCCCUGCCAGUCCUCAGUCUGGUCUCAAUCAGCCCGCUCCAAAAAGAGAGCACUCUCUGUAUCUCCUCUGUCUGACGGCAUUGGGAUUGAGUUCAAUACAAUCAUUCGUACAUCCCCAACUUCUCUGGUGGCCUACAUCAACAGUGCCAGGGCACCGCCAGCAAACGUCUCCCCACAGCCUGAGGUCUAUGGACAUUUUUUGGGAGUGAGAGGAAGCUGUAUACCCCAAAACUGCUCUGUUUCAACUGCCCAGAAAGGCUUCCACAUGGCGAAUGGCAGUGUCACUUUUCCAGGGUAUGUUGAGAACGGGACAGGUGAGUACCAGCGGAUGCAGCAGCUGGAGCAAGCCAGCUUACAGAUGGGUGCCACAAAUAACAUGGUGAUCCAGCAGGGUGUGCUGCCCAUGGACAGCCAAGCAAUGGAGAUCUUGAAAAAUGAACAGCUGGAUGACUUCUCAGGCCCUAUUGGUGACAUGCCUCUUUCAUCCCUGGUGCUGCCACAACCUCCUCCACAAGGGCCGCCCCCGCCGUACCAUGCCCACCAGCACCGCCAUCCGCACGGCCUGCCCAGCCACGUCCCCCCGCUGCAGGUGCUGCCUCCUGCCCCGGGCGCCCUGCUGGAGGAGGAUGGCGAGCCGGACGAUCCCAAUGGCAAGCAUGGCUGUUGCUGGGUUGACUGCGGGAAGCUGUAUGACCAUCAAGAGGAGCUUGUGCGGCACAUAGAGAAGAUCCACAUAGACCAGAGGAAGGGAGAGGACUUCACCUGCUUCUGGGCAGGGUGCCCUCGAAGGUUCAAGCCAUUUAAUGCCCGUUACAAACUGCUGAUUCACAUGAGAGUCCACUCAGGAGAGAAGCCGAACAAAUGCACAUUUGAGGGUUGCAAGAAAGCCUUUUCCAGACUAGAAAAUCUCAAGAUUCACUUGAGGAGCCAUACGGGUGAAAAGCCGUACCUUUGCCAGCACCCUGGCUGCCAGAAAGCUUUCAGCAACUCCAGCGACCGCGCCAAGCACCAGAGGACUCACUUGGACACUAAACCUUAUGCAUGUGAGAUUCCAGGAUGUACUAAGCGAUACACAGAUCCAAGUUCCCUGAGAAAACAUGUGAAAGCCCAUUCUUCCAAAGAUCAGCAAGCUAGGAAAAAGUUGCGAUCAAGCUCAGAGAUUGGCCAGGACAUCCUGAAUGACUGCCUUGCAAUCCAGCCCCUCCAGCCAGCCCUGUCACCACAGGAUGCUGUAGAUAACACCAUGGGACACUCCCCAAGGCCUGCUUGUGAUAUUUACCCAGCUCCUUCUCAUCACAUCAGCCCCCAGAGAAUGACCGUUCAACAUUCCAUGAUGCAGAGACAGACUCCACAACCUCCUCAGCUUCCACAGCUUGCGGGGAUGCCUUUGAAGAUGUACCAACCAGCAGAAAGCCCUUCUGUUCAGCCAAAUGCCUUUCACAUCCAGGGUUUUUAUGGGCAGCUUCAGACUUUCUGCCCUCCACAUUAUACUGACACUCAGAAGAGCAUACAAGACAGUGUUUCUUGCAAUAUGGCUCCUCCUGUUGACUGCUCAGCACUCACAUCAGCAGGCCAGGGAGGGCUUGGCAUUUUCCAUGGAAGUUUUUCAGAUCAUUCUGGUAUCAAAGUGGAUGACUUUCCUGCAGGGUCUGUAGGUAUCUUUGGUGAUUCCGCUUGCAGCAUGCCAGAGGACAGCAGUUUCCUACAAGUAAAUGCAGUGGAUCAUUGUUCCAGCCAGCUUUCUUCUGUAUACACUGAAGGCUAAAGUAAUGUAUAUCUAGUUACAAGAACUUGAUUCUGUUUCAUCGUGCCCUUCUGUUAUUUCCCUACAAACUUUUUCUCUCCAUGAAACUGCCAUGUAUGUAUGGGGAUAUGACUAGAUAUACAUACAUAAUGGGGAGGAAAAAAGCAAUUAGCAAGCAUUCUUCAUUUAAUCAAGCAGCCAACUGAGAAGGAGAAUGUUUGGAGAAAGCAAGCUUUGCCAAAACCUUAGCAAUUGUUUCUUUUCUUCUCAUCUGUGGUACAGCAACUAUACUUUUGAAAUUAUUUCUUCUUUUAAUUUCUCAAAGGGAAUUCAGAGACCAAAUAAGAAAACUGGUUGUUGGCUGUAAUCCUUUCAAGCUGGAUGGCUGCACUUACAGAAGAAUACAGCUUUAGAAAAUUCCUUUUUCAAAAAAGGAAAAGCAAAACCAGAGCAUACUACAAACAUUUCAAAGCAUACAGUUUUUGCACAACCUAUCUGCACAUGAUAGUUCCAAAGUGGAACACAUGCCAGUUUCCAAAAGGGAGAGCAGUUAGACGUAUAUGUAGGCACUACCUAUUGGAGGCAUUGGUGUGGCUUUUUGGAUCAUAGGUUGUUGGUAGAGAAUUUCUUACAGGCCUCAGGCUAGGUGUCCUUUCCUUCCCUCUUUAUUUUAAGUCACACAGUACAGCUGUUAUUGUUUUCCCAAUAUUAAUUCUGACCCUUUAAGCAAGAAAAAGGUGGUUUAAAUACACAAGAAGUUAUGUGGGCUUUGUGUCUAUUUAGCACAUCUGCCAGAUAAGCAUAAAUGCAUUUUAACUUUCAGUUGCUUUUUAAUUAGAUGGUAGAGCAUUGUUGCUGUAUGUGCUAUAGUCUUUGUCAGGAAGAUUUAAAAUCUUUUGUGGGAAAGAUUCUUCCUUAAAUUCCACUUUCUUUUUUUUUUUUUUAAGGUGUCUGUACUAAUUCAACUAAAUUUUGGUUGUCCUAAUAUUUUUCCAUAACACAUUUUCAGAAAGAACUACUCUUAAGUGUACUAUGAUUCCUCUGGUUACUUAGAAAGAUAAAACUGGACUGGUUUGGUGGUUUUGAUUUUUCUGAUCAAUGUCAGGCUCAAGGUCCUCAAAUUUAGUCCAGGAUGCAAGCAAAUUAGGUUGUCCUUCAUAAAACAUACAAGGUUAUGAGUUAAAACUAGUAUUUUUCUUUGGAGAUGUCAUCAUUGUGAUGCCUUGAGAACAGCUCUUACAUUAGUAAGACUGAGUUUUUAGGUUUUAAUUCCCGUUCAUCCAUUAUGUGGACUUCUUACUGUGUCGUGUACAUCAUAAUAUUUUCAUAACCUGAUAGAGUAAGGGCAGAAAAGUUCAUCCUUGCAGACUGGACCAUAACUAUGCUUCAGAAAUAACUCUUCCAAAAAGAUAAAAUAAAAAGGUUUAUACAACCUUUGUUUUUCCUGGCAAACUUUUGAGACUUGUUAAAUCCAGUUUGGGUCCAGUUCAUAAUUUAAUCUGCAGUUAUGUGGAAUAGAUUAAUUUAUGGCCAGGUGUUUGUGAACACUGGCAAUCUUUUGAGGUUUGUAUUCAGGAAGUAUAUUCUUAUGAGCAGUCAUCUGCUUAAAUAUUUAAUGGAGUGGUUUCCAUCUGAUACAUAGAAUAUAUGGAUAAACCAUGCACAUAAAUGAAGUACAACUGAAGGGAUUAAAAUGCAGCUAAUUCUGUGCUAAAUUCUUCCCCUAUAUAUUCUGCUUCUCACAUCACAAGAGAAUGUGUCCCUCUGGUCCAGCUUUCACUAAGAGGUCUAGAUGUUACCAUAUGUGAUUUGCAUUGGAUUAAAAGACACCAGGCAUCCUUCACAGCUAUACACAUGCAAUCAGACAGUCCUUUUGUAUAAUGUGCAUUGACUGCAAAUUUUGCUUUUUAAUAGAGCUUUAAUUUUAUACUGCCUUAAAGCCCAUUCUGUGGUCACCACACAAGUGUAACUUACUUCAAUAGGAAUAAUUAGUCUCACGAACACUUCAAUUUCAAAUGUAUGGAAUUGUGUUUUGUUCCACCAAAUUCAGCAAGGGCAGGAUCAGACUAUGUGUGGACAUAUGCAUGUACCUGUAUACUUCCCUAUAUAUAAAUCCUUCAAAAUUCUUUUAACCACAUGGUUGUCCAGAGUUUGUCCAUUGCUGUUUACAAAACUGAAAUACUGUUGCUAUCUUCAGAUCUGUACCACCUUGACUUUUAAACUUCUUGAAAUAUUUUUUCUAGUAUCUGAAUGUACAAGUUGUUCUGUAGAGUUGGGGAAUUAUCCAUUUUGAAACAUGCUGACCAAAGGGAAGGUGGGAGCACAGAAUUCCAAAAGGGCAUUUUCAACUUGAGCGUUCAUCAGUUACCUUCAAUAAAGGAAACUUUUGCAAGUAAUUAAUUCAUUCUUUCACAUACAUAUUAUACAUAUAUAUAUAUAUAUUUACAACUUUCCAUGAGCCUUAAUCUUAAAAAGAAGGCCCUAGAGAACAGUCAAAUCAAGCACAUGAAUAUGGGCUACCAGUUUGUAAAAAGGUAGGCCUUUGUUUACUUCUCAUUCAGAGACAAAGAGGAUUCCUCACUAUUAUUUCAUUAUUCUCUUUGGAGUUGGAAAUUGGACUGACUUCAAGACAUCAAUUUAAUCGCUGAGGGCAAUUGCAUAAAAAGCCUCAUUGUAUCUCAUGUAUAUUGGAUAUUUAAGUAGGGAAUCCUGUUUGUCACAAUCAAAAAUGGUGCUUGAAAAAAUACAAUUUUGUGGGUUAUCUGCAUAACUGAGUUAUUUGCAAAUACUUGUGCCUCAGUGAGUUUUGUGUUGUUAUUCUACUUGCUGUACUGUUAACUUUCUAAAGGGAUUCAUAUCUAAGAGAUGAAGUUAUUUUAGACUACAGACAUUAAACAAUAUUCAAAAUAAAUUAUUUACAAUUAUUCUUUUAUGCAAUGUAACUCUUUCCCGACUCAGUGGUCUAUUUAUACCUGCAUUAGAAAUGGUUCUACACUGGAGUUUAAAAUACAGUUUCAAAGUGCAUGUGUACAAGUGGAAGUGUAUGAGAGUGCACGUGUAGAUUGGAGGCUCCCUUUCUGUGUGUGUGUACACACAAACAUGUAGGCAUUGUGGUUUACUACUACCAGAUGCUGAAGAAUGGCAGUGCUGAGGCCAUCUCUCACACUGUAUAUGGUUUUCAGCUUUUCUUGAAAAGAUGUGAAUGAAUAUAAAAAUUACAUUCUAACUGUUUAUUCCCUGUUUUCCCUGUGUCAUUUUAUAGCAGAAUUUUUAAACGGCACUUUUUUCUUGUUUGUCUGAAAUUUUGUUCUUGGUUUGGGGCUUUUUGUAUGUGUAUAUAUAUAUGUAAUUCCUUGAAGCAGUUAAAGCAAAAGAAAAAACCACAAGUUAAAAUUAUCUGAGUUUUUAUUUAAGAAAAAGAAAUCCUUUUGUUCUGUACAGAAAGCAGCAUCUGUACAGAAAACAGCAUCUUGUGUAAUAGUUUUUACACAAAGCACUUUGGUGAGGAGAGAAAGUGGGAUUAUGUUUUUCCUAAAGGUUACAGAGUAAUCUACAUAUUUAUACAUGCUUACAUAUAUACAUAUGAUCUUAAUGUGCCAUACUGUAUAUCUGGCUGAUAUAUCUUGCUCUAAAGAAAUGUCUGUUGCACAUCAUGAAAAAAACAAAAAUUCAAAAGAGUUACACCUUUUGCUUUACUAGUAUGUGUAGUUUUGUGAUUUUUUACAGUUAUUUUUCAUACAAUCAUAAGUUGUUUUUGUCCUGUUUCAUAACAUUCUGUUUUAUGUAAAAGGUAAAAGUGAAAGGUGUGUGUGCAUGGUACAAAAUAAAACUGGAAAAUUGUAACUCCAUUACAUUACCUGUAGAACCUAUUAUUGUGAGAUGCCUUUAAAGAGAACUGCUCCAGGCACUGUUCUUCACCAUAAAACUACUAGUAUUUGUAUGGGUUUAUAGAAUUAGAAACAUAAAUAGGAAACAAACUCUUGGAGAUUUCUCAAAAAAAUUCACUUAACUCAGAGUUUUAAGUCUGGAUUUAAUUAUUAUUUUGGUGAGGCUAGAGAUUUGUAGAGAUAAAUGAAUGCCUGGA